CUCCCGCCGCUUCCGGCUCCGGGUGAGCGCGGAGCCAUGACGGGCCGCGGGUCCCCCAGCCGGUUCCUGACCGCCGUGCUGCACAACGGCGUGGGCCGGUACGUGCGGCAGCUCCAGCGCCUACAGCUCCUCUUCAGCCCCACCGCGGCCGACGCCCGCGGCGCCAGGCAGUUCGUGGAGGAGGCGGCACAAGACUUCGCCCGGCAGCACCCCGAUGUCGUCCUCUACGUGAGCCCCCACAAGGGCCCGGGCCCGGCCCCGGUGCUGCGGGCCGAGUACUUGAACGGGACGGUGCGGGAGGAGCUCAUCGCCAGCAAGACAAGUGAGGAGAUCGUGCAGCUGGCCACCAAGCUGGCCAACCAGUCCGGCCUGGACAUCAUCCGCAUCCGCAAGCCCUUCCACACCGACAACCCCAGUAUCCAGGGCCAGUGGCAUCCCCUCACUAACAAACCCUCCAUACUCACCGUCCAGGGCCCACGCCUGCAGCCCCAAUAAAGCCUCCCGCACCCCCA